CUGUGAUAACUAUGGGGGACAGUUUUUCGUCAGCUCUCAGUUCCUUCCUAAAUUAUUCAAAUUUCUACUCCAUAGUUCUCAUUUUGAUUUGUUUUUGUGGCAUGGUCAUAUUCAUUGUUAGGUUGAAUGGAGAUCACUUUGCAAAUCGAUUCUACCAGCCACAGUCACAACCAGUAGCUGUUCCAAUGACUCGAAUGGUGGGUGUGAAUAACCCCUUCAUUUUGACACUGGAUGUGCCUUUGUCUUCCUCUUUAAACGAUGGUGUCCAUUGUACAUUGAACUGUAAUCAGCAGAGCGAACUUUACACCUACUGGGGAUUAGAUCUGAACAGUGUUCACAUCAAGAUAAGACGACACUGGCAAAUCAUCCUAUCGGAGAUUAAAGAUAGGACAAUGUUUUCAUCUCAACAGUGUUGUGUUCAAGAUGAGCCAAGAGUAUUUGAGCCUGGGGAGACCCACACAACUCAUCUCAUGUGUGAUUCAAUCACAGAGGAGGAACUCGGGCAGCCGCCAAGAUUGAAGUACCCAUUAGUUGUAAUUCUAGUCCCAUGUGAUACACCCUCGCAGGAAGACCCAAAUGUUGUUGCCAUGGUGACUAUAUUUCAUCUGAAGGAUUCCAUUUGUACAGGAACAUCUCAUAUAGUUUACCAGUUUGUGAUCUCAAAUACGGGACAGGUUUGUCCUUUACAGCAACUCUAUGUGAAUCAGCCCGAGGCCUCCAGUCAAGCAGAGGACGACCAACAGGAAAGAGACUGUGUUGUUUGCCAGAAUGCUCGUGCAUCCCGGGCCCUACUGCCUUGUCGGCACGCCUGCAUCUGUGGCAGCUGCUUCAAGAAGGUGGACAAGUGCCCCAUGUGCCGCGGAAAUAUAGACUCAUUCUUUUUCUUAGAUGGAUUUGAGGGCGGGGAAGUGCAAGCUCCACCAGAAGAGGUGGACUACUCAAAUAUGACAUGGGGCGAGAGAUUUGAACACUGGAAUGACAGACUGAAUGACAUGUUUGGAUUUACAUAGUGCUAUCUUUGUGAUAAUUAGGUUUUUCGAAUUGGCUAGAUCAACGAGUUAUUGUAAAGUAAAUAUUCAUAUAUGUCAUCGAUGUGUAUGUGCCAUAUUAUACCACUCAAUGCUGUCACCCUAUACUUUUUCUUCUUUUCUCAUUUUAAAACUAGUGGGACGAAUCGGGAACAAUAUCAUAGGAGUCACAAGUCACUGAUUGUGAUCUUUCUAAAGCAGAGUUCACUGCAGUUAGCACUGAAUGCUCAUGUGAUGGACUCGUCCCUCCAGUCAAAGACAGGAGUCGAAUGUACAACAGAGUAACAGUACUAGUCCCAU